AGUGCGGCUGCAGCUGCUGCCGCUGCCGCCGGGCUGCUGGGGUGCGGGGAGCCGCAGCCGCAGGACCUGCGCCUGGAGGGGGCCGGCCCCGAAAAGCUGCAGGAGCCCAGGCGGGAGCCCCGGCGCCUCUGAGAGCCGCCGGCAGCCAGCUCCGGACGCGAGGGUAUUACGAGUGGAUAAAUAAUGUGCAGUGCUCUGAGCCCAAAGGUACGCAGUGGACCUGGCCUCUCUGAUAUGCAUCAGUAUAGCCAAUGGCUGGCCAGCAGACAUGAAGCUAAUUUGCUACCGAUGAAAGAAGAUCUGGCCUUGUGGUUAACCAAUCUAUUAGGGAAGGAGAUUACAGCAGAAACUUUUAUGGAGAAGUUGGAUAAUGGUGCCUUGCUCUGUCAACUUGCAGAAACUGUGCAGGAGAAAUUUAAAGAGAGCAUGGAAGCUAAUAAGCCUACAAAGAAUCUACCACUGAAGAAGAUUCCAUGCAAAGCCAGUGCACCCUCAGGCUCCUUUUUUGCUCGAGACAAUACAGCAAAUUUCUUGUCCUGGUGCCGAGAUUUAGGGGUGGAUGAAACAUGUCUAUUCGAAUCCGAAGGUUUGGUCCUUCACAAGCAACCAAGGGAAGUGUGUCUCUGUUUGCUAGAGCUUGGCCGGAUUGCUGCUAGGUAUGGUGUGGAGCCUCCUGGAUUGAUAAAAUUGGAAAAAGAGAUUGAACAAGAAGAAACACUUUCUGCCCCUUCUCCUUCACCUUCUCCUUCAUCAAAGGCAUCUGGCAAAAAGAGUACAGGAAACUUGCUGGAUGAUGCAGUGAAACGAAUAUCUGAAGAUCCUCCUUGCAAAUGUCCUACCAAGUUCUGUGUGGAACGCCUUUCCCAAGGAAGAUACCGAGUGGGAGAAAAGAUCCUCUUCAUUAGGAUGCUGCACAACAAACAUGUCAUGGUCCGUGUGGGAGGAGGCUGGGAAACUUUUGCAGGGUAUUUGUUGAAACAUGACCCCUGCCGAAUGCUGCAGAUCUCCCGUGUGGAUGGCAAGACAUCCCCCAUCCAAAGUAAAUCCCCAACCCUUAAGGACAUGAAUCCAGAUAAUUACUUGGUGGUCUCUGCCAAUUAUAAGGCUAAGAAGGAGAUUAAAUGAAACUAGUUGGUAACUACAGGAGGACUCAUAACGGCCUGUAUCCAUCUACUUCUCCAGUGUAGUCAGUUUAGUUCACAUGCUCUGAAAACUACUUUGGAAAAAGGUGUAAGACAGAAAAAUGUCAUCACAUUGAAAAAUGUUCAAAGGUAGUAGCACUAUUUAUUUUGAAAGCUUCUGUAGAAAAGGACCUUUGAAAAGAAAUUCUAAAUUCAGAUUUAAAUUAGAUAAAUUGUAGGCAAAUUAUUAUUUCUCAAUACGUAAGCACAGGAUUUAGAACACAAACAAAAUUAGGAACACAAUUCUAGCUAAAGAUAAAACCUGUUAUUAGGAGUAUUUAGGAUUUGCAAAUGUCAACAGAAAGUGCCUGCUGUAUGUCUACAAGUAAAAGCACCCCAGACAUUUUUAUAAUAGCAGGAUUUUUAAGAUAUUUUUUACAAACUAACAAUUAGAGUGAUAAUGUGCUACUAAAAACAUGCAACAGCACUAUAAAUAAGUACAGAGUAUUCACAACAGUGAUACUUUACUGGGAAGAUCACUUCAGAGAAGUUUACAUUCACUUGGAAGAUUGCCUUAAAGUUUAUUUCUUAUCUAUGACCAAAUAUCUGGGGUACUUUUGGAAGUUUUCAGUACACCCCCUUAGAGAAUAGUUUGUGAAGUUCACACAUUCCUAAGCACGUGGCUGUGUUUAGAAUGAAUUAGCAUAAUUCACACAUAUAAGCUGACAUACGUUUAUAUUUUGAUGAAUAAACUGUACAGUCAAAUGGUUCACUGACUUCAUGUUAUUUCAAAGCAUUUUCUUAUUAAAAUAUAUCUUUAGUUAAUCCUACUUUGCUCUACUGUCUAGUAAAUUUACUGUAGCUAAUGAUGUUACAGACUUAUGUAUACCCUUGUAUACCUGGGACAGGGCUGUUUUGUACCAAUAAACAGCAAACUAUUGUCCUCACUGAUUCCAUAAUUAAAAAGGUAAAUUUUUAAAAUGC